GUGGUUCACCACGUCAUCCGUAAACCGCGCCAAUCUAUCUAAUUCACGGUUUCAAAAAUCACAGGACUCCGCGAUGACGUGGUGAAUCCAGUUCAAGCAGCAACCUCACAUGCUACCCGCACUUUUGAAAUAAAAAUCGCACCUUUGGAGUCGUCUCGUCCCCUCCCACCCGAAUACUCGAAUUCCCUCUCCCAUGGCCGGCACCACCACCACCGCCGCCUCCCACCGCUCCGACCUCCGAUAGCUCGUAGAGGUCUCUCCGCCGCGUGCGGCCGCCAUGGCCGGGUACCGGAGCGCUCAGCCGCCGCCGCCGCGCUCGGCGGAGCCCACGACCGCGCCAAAGCCCAAGUUCUCCGUGUACCAGAACCCGGCCCUCUCCGCCGCGCUCACCGCCCACAGCCUCCGCCCCUCCUCUUCCUCCCUCCUCUUCUUCCUCUCCUCCUCCCUCGCCUCCGCCCUCCUCCUCCUCGCUCUCGCCUCCUGGGAAGAGAGCCUCGCACGGAGCUUGAGGAACAUCCACGUGUCCCUUGCCCUAGCUCAGUUUGUUGUGAAGCUCUUGGAAGUAGCAGUGGGACUAGUUUUUGUGGCAAAUUUAUCCGCGUUUUGUAGGGCUCUGUCGCUGUAUAAUGUAAGGAAAGCAGUAGCGGUUACCCCCCACGCCUCUGCCGUAUCUGCUUCUCAGAAGCCCAAGGAGGAGGAACAGAGGAUUCUAACCGAGCGCCAACUGGGUCUUCUUGGUUUGAAGCCGAAAGCUGCCGAGACAACUGAUGGAGCUGAUUUGACGAAGAAACCCCCCAAAUCGAAGCCCGUUCCGGUUUCUGAGCCUCUUGUUCCAAUAAGAAAAUCUGCUUUCAGCUACACUCCGACCCGUCCGUUGCGAGUUGGGUCUGAUCAGUUAACUGCUAGCGGUGAGAAAAAAAUGGCCUUUUCGCCCAUCUCGCCUUCUCCUCCGCAGUAUGCUGCCUCCCCUUCAACUCCAUGGUCAAGAAAAAGCUCAGGCAGUGCAAAAGGAAUACAAACAGAGCAAAUGCUUGAGCAAUUUUUAGCGGAUGUGGAUGAGAAGAUGGAGAAAAUUACUGAAUCAGCUAUGAAGACUGUGACACCACCCCCUACCAUUCGGGGUUACGGAAUUGCAAGCCCGGGUUCAGUUGCGACUUCAACCACCGCUUCUGGUGCUUCAAGGACCACGCCGCUGAGGCCUGUCAGGAUGUCUCCUGGGUCCCACCAGAAGUACAAUACACCACCUAAGAAGGGAGAAGGGGAGCUUCCUCCUCCUAUGUCCAUGGAGCAGGCAAUCGAGGCUUUCGAGAAUUUGGAUAUAUAUCCUCAGAUAGAGCAGUGGCGGGAUCGUCUCAGGCAGUCGUUUUCUUCUGUCGUGUUAAAUCCACUUGUCGAAAAGAUUAAAACAAGCCACAUUCAGGUUAAGCAAGCAGCAGCAAAUGUCGGUGUUUCAAUUACUGUAAAUCAAGUUGGAAGUGACUCGCCAAGUUCUACGGCUCCUGUGAUAUUGUCUCCAGUCAGUGGAGUCAAAGAUUGGCAAGCUACUGUUUCAUUAGAUGAGGAUGGGCUUCUUAAUCAAUUACGUGCUUCCCUCCUACAAGUGCGUGACGGAUUGAUGUCACAGCCGCAACAGUCACAACAACACCCACUACUACCAGUCAUUCAGGCAUGCGUGAAUGCCAUCACUGAACACCAGAGGCUUAACACACUGAUGAAAGGAGAGCUGAUAAAAGGGUUGCUGCCGCAUAGCAGUGUUCGUGCAGAUUACACCGUCCAAAGGGUUCAAGAGCUUGCUGAAGGAACGUGCGUGAAGAACUAUGACUACAUGGGCAGCGGAGAUGGCUAUGACAAAGCUGGUAAAAACUGGACCAGCGAGCUUCCAACUGACUCUCACUUGCUUUUGUACUUGUUUGCCGCUUUCUUGGAGCACCCUAAAUGGAUGCUACAUGUCGACCCGACCUCUUAUUCUAGCGCUCAGUCCAGCAAGAAUCCCUUGUUUUUGGGAGUUCUUCCUCCAAAAGAGAGGUUUCCAGAGAAGUAUGUGGCUAUCAUAUCAGGAGUUCCAUCGGUCAUUCAUCCAGGAGCUUGCAUAUUAGCAGUAGGGAAGCAGAAUCCUCCAAUUUUCGCUCUAUAUUGGGAUAAGAAGUCACAAUUUUCUCUUCAGGGACGAACUGCAUUGUGGGAUGCCAUUUUGCUUCUCUGCCACAGAAUAAAGAUAGGAUACGGAGGUGUUGUGCGGGGGGUUCAUCUUGGUUCUUCGGCUCUUAACAUUCUUCCCGUUCUUGAUUCGGAUAUUGAAGGCUUAAAUGGUUUUGGAUGAUAAACACCACCAAGUUUUACAUAUCUUUCAUAGGCUUCGAGCGGAAUCUGGCAGCUCUGAUAAUCAAGGAUUUGAAAUUGCAGGGAGAGAAAUUAACAAAAUGCGCAUUUGAUUUGGGAUUUCAUCUAAUUACUGAUUGUAUUUGUUUCCUGAAUGUAGGUAGUGGACGAUUUUUGAUGUUGUAAUGUUUUCAACAUUAGCUAGUAGUCACCACCUUUAUCCUUUCCAGUUC